AUGUCCGCAGCUUCUCGCGUCUGUUACCGUCUUCUACCUUACCUGAAGCAGAGCAGAGGAUCACUGAAGGUACCACCACAGUGGAGACCACUCAGUCGAGGAGAAGGAGGACGACUAAGGCAUCUGUGCACCGGUUCGGCCGUCUUUCAGUCAUCGGAAAAUGAGAGUGGAAAAAAAGCAACGACGCCCACCACCACCACCUCAAAGCCCACAUUUGCAUCGCUAUUUCGAAAUUCACCCCUCGUUCAGCUGGGUCCGCCCGAGGGCAAGGUGGUGGUCGGCACUGUGGUGGACGUCGUCGGCGAUGAUCUCUACAUUGACUUUGGCUUCAAGUUCACCGCCGUCUGCCGUCGGCCUAAAGUGAACGCAGGAAACUACGUUCAGGGAUCUACGGUGAAGGUGCGCAUCAACGACCUGGAGCUGAGUGAUCGCUUCCUCGGUUCGACGCAGGACAUGACACUGCUCGAGGCUGAUGUCACACUUCUCGGGCUGGUCUCAUCGCCUGUUCCCGCAUCAUCAUCAUCAUCUUCGCCCAAGUCUGCUUCGGAAGCUAGCUGA